CUUUGUAGUCAUCUUGAAUACAAAAAAAGUACUUCAAUAUGCCUCCGAAAGUCCAGCAAAAGUCGAAGGAGCAGAAAAUGGCCGCCGCCAUGGCGGGUGGCAAAGGAAAGAAGAAGAAGUGGUCCAAGGGUAAGAGCCGCGACAAGGUCGAUAAUAAGGUUCUCAUGAGUAAGGAACAAUUCGAUCGCCUACAUGAGGAAGUCCCUAAGAUGAAGCUAAUUACUGUUUCCGCGGUUGUGGAAAAGCUUAAGAUCUCGGGAGGACUUGCCAGGCGAGCACUUCGGGAUCUUGCGGACGAGGGUAAGAUUCGCCCUGUCUGCCUUUCUCGGGCGCAACAAAUUUACACUCGCCAUGUUGGAGAUGAAGAGUAAACUAAAACGCACAGCAAAUUUAUU